UAAUUAUGAUGAAUUUAAAUCCUUGCCUAUUAUCUUGAUAAAGAUAUUAGUAUAAGCCAGAUCAGCUACAAAUGUUUUCCCUCUUGUUAUUUGGAUGGUGAUAUCCUCUGUUUAUCUUGUCUCUAGCUCAGAUUCAUUAUUAGUUUUCUUGAGGAACUUUUUAGGAAGCAAAGUAACAGCAAUCUUACAGUUCUUGUUUUUCGUACAAGAUAAAAAGAGGAUGUUGUCUUUAUGUUCUUAAGCAUGGCCUUAAGAAUAGAAUCUCGUCGAACAAAUCGUAUUAUGUUAGUAAUCAAGUCAUCAUCCUCAAGACACUUCUUUAUGUCUUCACAUGAUCAAAUCUGGUUGUUAUCAAAAGUGAAGUUUAGUUUAUUUGAUGCCUCAUAAUCUUCUAAAAUUUUGAAGUGGGCAGUAAAAGUUUAUAAAAAGCUCAGGAAAUAGUAACACAAACUUCCUGACUACUCUAAACUUUCAGACUUCAGUUCCUUUGGCUCUUUCGCAUUUCCUCUUUGAUCUGAUUGCCUUGACUUAUUUGGGUGAGGCUGACAAGAUCCUCAUCUUUACAGGAGAAUUCUUUCUGUGUUCUUGUUGAAUAGAAGUAGAUUCUUCAAUUUCCUUUACUUGCUGGGGUACUCUUUACAAAGACUCUUGUUUAUGAUCCUCUUAAGGCUGCCUUAUUUUCUUAUUAUUCUUCCUUUGGGACUUAAAGUUGUGCUGUUCAUGUUCUCUUGUCUCUUUAUACUCCUUCUUCUGAUCAGGUUGAUUGGCUUAGUUUUGGUGAAGCUUGCUAUUCUUUUGUUUGACUUGAUAAGUAUACUCUGGAUCUACAAUUUACGAGCUCGCUUAUAACCAAUAGUAGCAUCGAGUUGAUUCAUCCUCCUCUUCAAUUCUUAACUUAAGAGGACUUCUUUGUGUUGAGACUCUUGAGGUUUGUUUUGGUAAAUCUGAAGAUUUUUAUCCUCGCAUCUAGACUGGCUUCUCCAAAGUGAUGGCAAGUGACCUUCCUGUUUUGAAUAAAC